AUGCCCGACAUCAAGAAGUACACCCUAGGAGAUUUCAAACUCCAGAACGGCGAAGUUCUCCCAGGUGCUUGGAUUGCUUACAGAACCUUCGGCGACCCCUCCUCUCCAGCCAUCGUAUAUCCUACUUGGUAUUCCGGAGCAAUCGCAGACAAUGAAUGGCUUGUGGGCGAAGACAAGACCCUGAAUCCCAAAGACUACUUCAUCGUUAUUCCAGCCUUAUUUGGCAACGGGCAGUCCAUAAGCCCUUCUAAUUCGGACAUCAACCCGUUCCCCGACGUUUCGUUCUUCGACAAUGUGAGAGCCCAGCAUGAGCUUGUCACCAAGGAACUCAACAUCAAACACAUCAGAGCGGUCUUAGGAUGGUCCAUGGGCGCAGCCCAGUCAUUCCAGUGGGCCACGCAGUACCCCGACUUCAUGGACAUCUGCGUUCCGUUCUGCGGUGCCGCCAAGACGGCCUUGCACAACCAGGUCUUCUUAGAAGGUGUCAAAUCAGCCCUUCUCGCUGCCAAAAAGACCAAAUCGGCAGGAAGCGCUCAAGGCCGCGUGGAGACUGCCGAACAGAAGAAGAGUCUUCGCAUCUGGUCGGAUGAGGAGAAAGAAGUCGGCUUGAAGGCUUUCGGUCGUGGCUAUGCGGGGUGGGGAUUCUCUCAGGCCUUCUAUCGACACGAGCUUUACAAGAAACACUACGACGCCAAAGACCUCGAGGAGUUCCUCGUGGAAUUCUGGGAGAAAUGGGCUUUGAGCAAGGACCCCGAGAACCUCCUCGUGAUGCUCCAGACCUGGCAGAGCGGCGACGUGAGUAAGCAAGAGCCGUACAACGGUGACUUCAAGAAGGCAAUGGCUGCUAUCAAAGCGAAGACGCUGGUGCUCCCUUCCAAGACGGAUCUUUACUUCCCGCCUGAGGACUCUGAAUACGAAGUUGCCUGCAUGAGCAGUGGUGUGGGCGAGCUUGACGUCUACCCCUCUAUCUGGGGACACUGGGCGGGUGGUCCACCGGGCAAUAUGGAAGAUGUGAAAUGGCUAGAUGACCGUCUGAGAAAGAUCUUUGAAACAGCGCCCAAAAGGGAGAAGGUCUGA